UUCUAAACUAUGUUCUGUAUAAAGUUGGAAAAGGUCUAAAUUGCUAUUUUUUAAAUUAACUAGGCAUGGAAGUGCAACUGCAUCCAAGUUGUUUAUAGACUCUACUAUCUGUUCAUAACUAUUGAAGUGAUUCCAAGAGAAACACAUAUACUACGAAAGUGAGGUUAGGACGUGUGCUUCUAUACCGGCAAGCUGUAUACAAUAUGUAUGUGACGAUAUCAUGGCGAUUUGUGCUGCAGUUUAAAAAGAAACUGGCGACACACUAGAUUAUUCAGUGAAGUGAUCAGCAGUAUGGAGUAUGGGAAUGCAUAAUAAAUUGUUUAUUUUGUUGAGUUUGUUCGAUUCUAUGCACAGUGUGAUAAUAAUAUAAUAUAAUAAAAAAGACAAAAUGAAUUAAUUAACAACAAGUGAAAAAAAGGGACAGGGUAUUAAGUUGUUUUAAAAAGAGAAUUACCUAACCUCAUUCAUUUUACUGAUGGCUUUGUCAGAUGUUUUACAAUUCGAUUGUUCCAUAGAAAAUGAGAUUGCGCAAAAUGCUUUGAAGAAUUUUACUGGAAUGCUAGGAAAAGCAUUCGAACAAUAUAAAAAGUUAUGGAAUGAAUACUUAAAACUGCGAGAAUAUUGUGGAAACUUUACGAACAUUUCUGACUUUAAGAUUCCGUGUGAAUUGUUUGAAUCAGGCAUUUUUAGUAAUAAAGAUGUUAUUAUACCUGCUAAUAACCAAGUAUUAAAAAAUACAGAAAUAUUUCCACACGAAGAUAUUAAUUGUGAUAAUAAUUUUAGAAACUGUGAUUAUAUUUCAAAUGUAGAUAAUGCUGUUUCAAUUGAUACAUCUGUUAAGUACCAAAUACAAGAAGAUAAAUUAUUAAAGAGCCCAAUACUUGUAAGGAAACAUUCUAGAUUUAAGAAGACUAAUGUUAUAAAAAAUCAGGUUAAUCUAAAAAGUCUUAAGCAAAAUGAAAUGAAUUUGUGCUUACCAAUAAAAACAGAUAUUUCUAGUUUAACAAACUUAAAAAGUAAUCUUAUACAGAAUCCAUUAUCUCAAGACUCAAAAGAAAAUAAACGUUCAGUUAUCGAAAAUAGCAAUAAUGAGAUUAAUACAUCGAUCAAUACAACUAUUACCAAAAUGUCAAAAAAAUUGGGAGAUAGUAAAUUAUAUAAUGUAGAUACCACAUUACCGAAGAAUGGCAAAAAACAUAGGCAGUCAAAACUUAUACUUCUCGAAGAUGAGCAAUCAACUGAUAUUGUAACUCAAAAGAAGCAUAACAGAUCAGAUUUUUUAAUAGCACAUGUAUCACCUAGAAAAGGUAUAAGAGAACAGUUUAAAAAUCAUAAUAAUUCUAUAGAAGAGGACAUAAUUCAAAAUAGUCCAAAUAAACGUAUAAAGUUAAGUUCAAAAAUGAGAAGUUUGAAAUUAAAAAGGAUGAGUCCAAAGAAAGAGAUUACUCAACACAAUCUGGAUCGUCAUUUGGUACCUCUACAAAAAUCUGUACAAGAAAAUCGAACACAUUUAAUUACAGAGCCGAAAAUAUUUGAUUUUUAUAAUGAAAACGUUAACGGUAAUGAUAAGACACAAAAAAAUUUUAAUUCAGCAAAAGAAGAAACAGAUUCCAAUUCCUCAAGCGAUGAAACGUUUUGUACUUUAGGGGAGUCAUUGCAAGAACAGUCUCCUUGUAAUACAAAUAAAUUGAAAGAAAAUGUACCUAAAACUAAAUCUGUAAAAAGGACUCUUAUGAAUAGUUUUGAUAUGUUACCUGCGAAAGAAUAUAUAUUUGAUAAAUCACCAAAGAAAAAGUCUGAAAGAGCACAGAUGAAUGGUGUUUGUUGUUGGCAAUGUAAACAGUACUACACUAGUCUUGGACUUUCUGAGAAAGAAAUAAGAAUGAGGCAAAAUAAAUGUUCCCGACACAGAACUAAAUAUAAUGAAAGAAAUGAAACACCUGAAGAUUUUUGGAAUCCUCUAUUUCCUGAUACUACUUUUGAUACUACUUUUGAUUAGUAAAAUUGAAUUACAGCUUGAUGAUAUGGAUUUAUUUAUAUAAACAUAUAUAUAUGUCAUUAUUAUCUUAUAUAUAAUUAUUUAUUUUAUUAGUUUGUAAACUUUAAAAUAAUACAUAGGAAUAAAAUAAAAGUACAAAUUGUAUAGACAUUUUUAAAUGUAUAAAACUUAUGGUUUAAGAAAAGAAAAAUUGAUUUGAACAAUAAGAACACACUAUAUAUUAUGAUUUGAA